UCUACAAACGCUGUUGAUAAGACUUUUAACACCAAUUCUAACAGUAAUCCCGAUGCUGCUGUGCAACGCUCAGCAGAAGUUCCGCAUCGUGCCGAAGGAUCUGCAGGUGCUGGAAGGCACGGAGGCACUCCUGCGGUGCGAGAUCUACAAUCUAGUCGGUGCCGUGCAGUGGACAAAGGAUGGCUUUGCGCUCGGAUUUUCCCACACCAUACCGGGGUACCCGCGGUACUCGGUGCUGGCCGAUCGGAACCUCGGCAUCUACAAUCUGCGAAUAUCGAACGCAUCGAUCGAGGACGAUGCCGAAUACCAGUGCCAAGUCGGACCGGCCAAAUUCAACUCAGCCAUCCGUGCCAAUGCUCGACUCACCGUAAUAUCACCUCCAACGUCGAUCGAAAUCCAGGGCUACAGCCGCAACGCGAAGGUGGAAGUCCGGGAAGGUCAGGACCUAACGCUGACCUGCGUAGUGUCAAAUGCAAAACCGGUCGCCCACAUCGUGUGGUACCGGGGCAAAACGGAGUACAAAUCGGAUACAGUCGAGAACAAGGUGACGGAAACGGAGGGCAAACGGUUCACGGUGUCGUCGCAGCUACGAAUCAAACCCACCGCCGAGGAUGACUACAUGGAGUACACCUGCCAGGCAAAGCACAAAGCCCUGCAACCGGAUCGUCCGAUGCAGACAAAGGUUCAGCUGUCGGUGUUGUAUCCACCUGGCGAGCCCCGCAUUGAAGGCUUUACGACCGGCGAGGUACUGCGAAGGGGACAGAAUGUGGAGCUUAUCUGCAGGAGCCGCGGUGGCAAUCCACCGGCUCAGCUGAUCUGGUACAAGAACGAUGUGCAGGUCCGGAUGGCGUACCGGACGACGGAUCGGCUGUCAGAAAACGUUUACUCCUUCGUGGCGGAGGAAGGUGACAAUAAGGCACGGUUGCGCUGUGAGGCGAACAAUGUGAUGAUCCCGGCACCGCUCAAAACCGAAAUCACGCUCAGCGUUUUGUUCGCACCAACGCAGGUGGUCAUUUCGGGUGCAUCGGAGGCACGCACCGGAGAUGUGGUGUCGCUACAGUGCCAAACCGCCCCAUCGAACCCACCGGCCGAGAUCAAGUGGAGCGUUGGUGGCCAUCAUAUGAAGAACACCACCUCCCGGACCAUCGAGAAUCCUGAUGGAGGAUGGAUCACAAUCUCCAACAUCUCUGUAGCGGUGGAAGCCAACAAACGAUCGCUCGUGGUGAUCUGUCACGGAUUGAAUAUGCAGCUGACAGAUAAUAUUGUUGCUACUCACACCGUCAACGUCUUGCUGCCACCGAACCAACCGGUCAUUACGGGCUACACGGAGGGUACGAUAAUAGCGGCCGGCUCGGUCCAACGGCUCCAGUGUACCUCGACCGGUGGCAACCCACUGGCCACGCUAACCUGGUACAAGAACGAUAAAAAGCUCAACUCACCCAUCAAAUCGACGGAAAAGUCGGUUUCAUCGGAAAUCUCGAUACUGGUCAAUGCGACGGAUAAUCAGGCAAAGUAUCGGUGCGAAGCGCACAACUCCGCCACCGAAAUACCGAUGUCGGCCAGCCGAACCCUUGCCGUGAACUUUCCACCCGAGACGGUCAAAAUCAAAAUCAUACCACCGGAGCUUAAACCCGGCAUCGAGGCGACGCUUAUCUGUGACUCGAGCUCCAGUAAUCCUCCCGCAACGAUUUCGUGGUGGCGCGAUGGCAUCGCAGUUGACGGCAUGAACAACUCCUCGAAGCCUGGUCUGUGGGGAGGUUACGUUUCGUCGCUCGAGCUCAAAGUGAACAUCAGCCAGGACAUGGACGGAAAUGUGUACACGUGCCAGAGCGCGAACGAAGCGCUGCAGCGCAACGUCCACGAAGCCAUCAAGCUGCAGGUGCUAUAUCCACCAAAGUUCAAACCACCACCAUCGUCCACCGUGGUCGGUGCGGAGGGCGAACCGCUGACCGUGGCGAUGGUCGCUACCGGGAACCCGAUGUCCAUAUCGUACACCUGGACGAAGGACGGUCUACCGAUACUUUCCGCUACAGGUGCACAACGAAUCGUCUCCGAGGGACCAAUCCUGAACAUCACCCGGCUCAACCGUAACGAUACCGGCAUCUACACUUGCGAAGCUGUCAACUCCCAAGGGUCGGCGAUGAUUAAUAUUUCCGUCGUAGUUGAGUAUGGUGCAUCGAUACAGUCAAUAUCGGAGAACGUUACCGUCAGCCCUGGUGAGGAGGCGAUGCUAUCCUGCACGGUCGAAGGAAAACCACUGACGGAAGAGCACAUACGCUGGGAACGUAUCGGGUACGAUAUGACCAUCAAAACGUCCACCACGUUCGCGAACGGGACGAGCUAUCUGCACGUGAAAAAUGCACGCCGCGAGGAUGUGGGCAAUUUCCGCUGCAUUGCCGAUAAUCGCGUAGCCAAUCCAACCAGCCGGGAUGUGUUAUUAAUUGUGAAAUUUGCACCGGAAAUCGACAAAUCGCCCGUAAUGUUGCGUGCGGCGGCUGGCUUUGGUGAACGGGCACGGUUGCCGUGUCGGGCGCAGGCAGCACCGCGACCGAAAUUCUACUGGUCCCGAUCCGGCCAGGUGCUGAACGUGAACCAGUCCGCCAAGUUCUACGUCGAGCACAAGCAGAUUGAUGCGCUGACGUACGAAUCGAUACUGGUCGUCGAGCGGGUCGCAUCGAACGAUUACGGCCUGUACGAGUGUAUCGCCCGCAACGAGCUGGGCAACGUGAAGGAAAAGGUACGGUUGGAUGUGACCUCACCGCCGGAUCCACCGGUAAGCCUGAACGUCCUGAACGUUACGCACGACUCGGUGACGCUCGCCUGGACGCCCGGGUUCGACGGUGGCAUGAAGGCGAACUACCGCAUCCGGUACCGGGAGGUGAACAGCGAUCGCUACUGGUACGAGGACAGCCAGCCGAACUCGUACAAGCUGACGGUCGGCGGCCUGCGGAUGAACACGCUGUACGUCUUCUCGAUCAUGGCCUCGAACGGGCUCGGUUCGAGCCGCUAUCUGCCCGAUGUAACGCGCGCCCACACGAAAGACACACCGCCCUCGCAGCCAGCCUCAUCGCUCGGAAGCAAAACGGCCACGGCUCAAUCGACCGGUGGCACCAUCGGUGCAUCCGGUAUCGUGCUGCUAAUCGGUGUCGCUGCCGGUAUCUGUCUCGUGCUGCUCAACAUCAUCCUGAUUGGAUGCUGCAUUCACCGGCGCACCGUUCACAAGCGCAUCAAGCGGGGGGACGAUAAGACAAACAGAGCUGCGUGUCAAUCGGUGCCUUUCUGUGUUCCAAUCAAGUACGUCACACUAAACGUCAUUGCAUUCGUUACAGGCGAAACGCUGUCUAGUGUCUCGGAAAAGAGUGACGCUUACUCAACCGACGCUAAUCGUCCCGACUAUACGGAUGACACGACCAGCAAAUCUGCUUCGACAUAUCUCGUGGAAAAUGGGGACAUGCCGCCACCACGCUACCAAAAGGAGGGCACCCUGCCCCCGUAUCCUAACAAUGUAGCUUAUGCGCGUACCUUGCCCCAUCCACGGCACAACCCAGUGAACUAUCAGCAGCGCAGCCACGAUGAUCAGAUGAUCGAACGAAGCAGCUACGUAACAGCUCCGUCCCCUGGACCACCGUUUGAUGGGUCCUACUACAACAUGAACAGCGAUCGCUAUCUGUCCUACCCUCCGAUGCAGGACUAUUCCGCGAUGGAGAUGUCGACACCCCCACCACCGGUCAUACCAGCGCUGCCCAAAAACACUGGCACACUCACGCGUACGACCCGUCCGAUGGUACCACCGCCGGACGUCACCUACCACGCCCAGUCGGUAGUGAACGAAAGCUCCUCAUCGCCCCAGCACAUGAGCAGCAGCCUGAGCAACACGAUUAUCGGCAAUGCUUUAUCGUCGCAGGCGCCCGUGCCAGCACCGAAACCACUGCAGGGCAUCCUGAAGGAUCCGAAGCGUAACAGCAGUGCGAGCAACAGCAGCCAGCACCAGCAGCUACAGCACGGUGCGCAGCUGAUUGCGGUACCGAACCCAUCGCCGGUACCGCUUGUCGGGGGUGUGCCCGGACUUCCGCUGGUUGGCAGCACCUUCCUCGGGACGGCGGCCGGUAAUGGGGCGAACGUCGGUACCGGUGGAUCGAGCAGUUUGGGCAACAGCUUACUGAUCGGCACGUACGAUCCGAGCAGUACGAACCUGAGCUCCUUUAACGCAUCGUUCGGGUUCACCGACGCCGAUGGGCAUCUGGUGUAAGCGGGCAGCAGCGUCUCCUUAUUUGCCAAAACCGGUGCGGAUGUAAUUUUCUCAAGAAU